AUGCGGUUAAACUUUCCUCCUCAGAGCGCGAGAACUGUCCCGUCCUGUCAUUCUGCAUCAAUGUGACCCGAGCCCGGCACAUCCUCUCAUCUGAAGUGGAUUUAUCAUAAGGAAGAUGAGUUUGGGUCCAGCUCUAGAGCCCGCGCAACUUUUGAACUGGGUUUAUCUGUCGCUGCAGGAGUCGCGGAGCAGUGCCGCUUCUGACGCGUUCACAGCAUCUGACGGGAACUACAGCAACAAACCCGCGCCGGAGGAUGUGAACGCGCAUCUCAACAGCGACAUCAUCAGCAGCUUCAUUCACGAGCGCAGAGAGACUCUGUGCAGCAGCGUAUUUCAGCGCUCGUCUCCCUACGGCUCUCUGAACGACAUCGUGGAGGGUCUGAGUUUACUGACGGACAGCUUCUCUGAGCUCUCGCUCGCCUCUGAACCCAGAAAACUGCACAAGAAGCCUCCAGCCAACUACCUGUGCCACCUGUGCUUCAACAAGGGCCACUACAUCAAAGACUGUCCGCAGGCUCGUCCUAAAGGAGAGGGUCUGACACCGUAUCAGGGUAAGAAGAGGUGUUUUGGAGAGUACAAGUGUCCCAAAUGCAAGAGGAAGUGGAUGAGUGGAAACUCGUGGGCCAACAUGGGUCAGGAGUGCAUCAAAUGCCACAUCAACGUCUAUCCUCACAAACAGGAACUGAGAGUGAAUGUUUGGAAGUUUUCUGGAGUUGCUUUAUUGAAGCAUCUCUACAAAAUGAGCCACAAAAGAACAUCUAAAUGCAUCUGAACAGACUUGAAACAGUAAAAGUUGGUGAGCAUCUGUUUGUUAUUAACUCACGACUGAGACAUUCAGAAACUGGAGACAUUGAUGUAGUCGAGCUCUUUUGUUUUCAUGAGGUUCUUUGCAGUAUGUUUGGCAGGUUAUGAAGUUUUGAAGCUGGUAGAAAACACUCGAUGAAGAGCGCCGCUCUCCUCAACGCUCCUGACGUCCCUUUUUAAUCUUCACCAGAUGUUCUUCUGUAUUGUAAAUGUUGCUUUUAAGAUACACGCUUUUAUGUGCACAUCACGGCUGCUUUUUGGCUUUCAAAAUAAUCAGGAUUUUUUUUAAAGAGGCGAUAUUAUGCCCUUUUAUAAAGUUUUGGGCUCUACUAGAAACAGGUUGAUUAUUUUCCUCAUAUUCUCCAUUGUUCAGCUCCUCUCUUCCCAGUCUGUCAGUAACGCUCUGUUUAGUUCCUGUCUCUAUGAAGCCCCUCCUUCUGAAAAGCACAAUGUGCUCUGAUUGGUCGGCUGGAGCAGUGUGUUGUGAUUGGUGUUUGGGAAAUGUCCCGCCCCUUACCAUAACCGCCAGUUUCAACACACUACUAACUAACUCAGCCAGGCCCCGCCCCUUUAUUCUGCGUAUGAAUUAUUUAAAUGAGAAAUAUUGUGAAGAAAACUCAAGAUGGAGGCGUUUCAGAGAGUUCAGAAACACUGACACUGAUAUAGAGAAGAACUCCCGCCUUUUUCAUGCUCAAACAGCAACAUUACUCACUAAAGACAGAUGAAGAUGGAUAAUAGGUGUUGUUUAAAUGAAAUAUUUGGGAUGAGCGGAUGGAUUUAGAAUGUUUCCUCUGCGUUGGCAGCGUCCUCUGGAGAAACCUGACGGCCUGGACGUGUCGGACCAGAGCAAAGAACAUCCUCAGCAUCUCUGCCAGAAGUGUAAGGUGCUCGGAUACUACUGCCGUCGAGUUCAGUGACCUCUGACCCCGCACCCUCAUUCACCUCAUGACUGGUGCUGAAAUCGGCUUUAGCUGGACAAUAUUCACUGCUUCCUGACUGAUUUAAAGCAGAACUCUGGGUUAAAUGCCACAGAAAAUAAAUAUAUAGUCAUAUAUAGUAUAUAAUCAUAUGAUAUCAGGUUAGUUGCUGUGAUUCACAUGUGAAAUAUUCCUCUGCAGCUUUUAAUAAAACACAUUUCAGGGCAAUAAUUUACAGACAGAACAUCAGCAUCGAAUGAAUGAUGUCGAGUCUGAACUGAUGGAAACUGUCAGUCGAUCGUUCCUGUUCUUCAGAACUCAUUUAAUUCUGUUGCUUUUUAAAAACCAAUACUGAAUAUUAAACAAUGACAAGAUGAAGGCGAUGUUAGUCACUGAGUGACGGACGGACUCGAAGAAACGGCACAAAACAUCACAGAAUCAACUCAUUAUAUACUUACUGAUGUUUGUGCUGCUGAGUUCCCUGCAAAAUGAUGUCACUUCCUGUUGGGUGAUGUCAUCAGGGACCUGGAUUUUGUUAAAGUGAUUAUACAUAUAUAUAUAUAUAUAUAUAACAGGAUGGAAAGUGAUAUUGAGGAAACAGGAAAACCUAUAAAUUGAUUAUUAAUUAAAACAAUAUUGUUGUGAAUAAGCGUUUUGAUUAGAAAAAAAAUGAAGAAACAGCUGGAAUAUUUUUUUGUUUUUUAUUGUUUGGGUUUUUUGAAAAAUCACCCCGUAUUCAAAGCGAGAUGUUGUGAUCAAUGAAAACUCCUAAUAAGAUUUGCAUUUUUUAAUUUUGACUAGUAUUUUUCCUAUAUUCACACACAUAUGAUGAGAACAGGAUCGUCUUUCUCAUGUUCAGUGCUUUAAUGUCUAUGAAAUCUCAUUUUGAUGCCUGUUCUGUUUUUGAUCAUGUUGUUUUUGUUGAUGAAUUUUUGAUCUUUAAUGAACUUUUGAUAACUGAUUUUUUACACUUCACGAGUCUCUGAAGAACAUAUGGUGUGAUUUUAUGAAGCUUCGCUCAAGUGCCUGUUUAUCAACCAUUUCUGUGUUUUUGUGUAAAAUAUGAACAAUAAUAGUGAAUAGCGCAAAAGAGAUCAGAACAUUAACAGUAUUAAUAGGUCUGAAUGAAGUCUGUGCAUGUUUUUUUUGUGAAAUAUACUUUAUAAUAUCUCAUAUACAGUGGCAUUUGAACACUUACUGUGUGAAGAAACAAGCACAAAUCACAACAUUUGAUAAAAACAAGUUCGUCAUUACUUCUUAUGACUGCUGUUUAAAUGUUUUGAAUUUUCGCCGCUGUCGACGUCAAGACUGUGGUGCGUCUGUUUAAAGUGGAUGAAAUGGUAAAACGUUUAUUCCCAGAAUCCUCCACUCGCCAGCAGUUAAUACUGGUUUCAAGCACAAACUUCAGAAGUGAAUCCAGUUCACACACUCGAGAUUCAGUUCUGAACACGAUGACGUCCGCUCUAGUUGUUCUGCACUACAUUAACAUGAACGACUGUAAAUCAGACUGUGAAAUGUUUCUGCUUUAAUAACCUGUGAAACACAGACAUGUGCCUUAUACAGAUCGAACUGUACACAAAUAAACUACUAAAACAUCA